AUGGCGAGCCCGCAGCAGGGCGGCCAGCAGGCGCCAGUCAUGAUCAAGCCCGCGCAGAUCGACAGCCUCCCCUUCCUCGACGACAGCUCCAAGCAGCAGUACAAAUCCGGCCUCGCUAAUCUGUGGCAUACCUACGACUCCAACCCACAGGGCAGCUCUGCGCGCGCCGAAGCCGAGCAGAAGAUCCGCACCGCGAGCACCAAGUUGAUGGCGCAGCUGGCUUCGGCGAACGCUCGACGACCGGGCUCGGGCGCAGGCCAGCAGAGGCCGAACACAGCAGGACAGGGUGGGAUGGGGCAGCAACAGCCGGGGAACGCACAACAGAUGGCUCAGGCACAAGCGCAGGCUCAGGCUCAAGCUCAAGUCCAGGCGCAAGCGCAAGCACAAGCACAGGCGCGACAGGCUGGAGGAGCACAGGGCCAGCAGGGGCAGAUUCGGCUGAGCGAGCAACAGCAGCAGGAAAUCAACGAUACCAAGAUUGUUCAGCCGAACGGCAUGAGCAAUCAGCAGUUCGAGGCUCUGAAGGCCCACUGGCGCAAGCAAGCCUUUGACAUCCUCGUGCGGCGCGAGGCCAUCAUGAAUCAAGCUCGCCGACUCCAGCAAGCCAUUCAGGCCGCGCAGCAAAAGGGCCAGACUGUGCCUGAGCAGAACAUGAAGCAGUUUGGCGAAGCGAAGAGGGCGCUGGAGACAGCGAGCGCUCGUUGGAAGACGUGGAAGACGAUGGCCGAGUCGGGCCAGUUGGGCGUGAACCAGCAGCAGCAGAGGGCGCAGUCGCAAUCCCAGCAAGGCGGUGGGAAUGGACCACAGCAGCAGCAACAACCGCAGCAGCAGCCGCCGCAGCAGGAUGUCAAGCAGCAAGUCAAUACUGACCAGCGCACCUCCCUCUCGCCACCGCAACCGCAAGCCGGGUUUCCACAGCAGCCCCCGAACCAGCAGGCGACGCCCGCGCAGCAGCCAAAUGCGCCGCCGCAACAGCAACAAACGCCGGUCCAGCAGCAGCAACAACAGACCCCGCAGACCGCGACCCAACCUCACCCACCGCAGAAUUUCCCGCAGCAGCAGAAUAUGCAGCAGCAAAAUAUGCAGCAGCCGCAGCAGCCUCGCCCACAAAUCAAUACCCAACAGGUGCAGAAUCCCAAUCAGAUGGGGCAGCCGCCAAACCAACAGACGCCCGGCUCGGCAAUGCCCAACAGCGCGACGCAACCCAACCCACAGCGCCCGCAGCCACUCAACCACCAGCAGGCCAUGUCGCAAGCCGCUGAGAGCUACUCGCGUCAGCAGCAAGCACAGCAGGGCCAGCCUGGCCAGCAACCGCAACCUCAACUACCCAACGGCCUCCCAUUCAACAACAGCAACAACCCGCCCGGCUCCGCGACACAACAAAACACCCCCACCGCCGUCUACCCGAACCUCCAGACCACCCAAACCAGCAGCGCCAACACCAAGUUCCCCAUUCCGAAGCAGCUGCAGCUCGAUCCACGCACCCAGAAUGCCGUUGGCGCACCUCCAUCUCGUCCCACGCUGAACAACCAGGGCAUGAUGUUCAACCCUGGUGUCGCUCGCGCACCUCCCUACACCCUCGAAGGCGAAGGCGAUCGCGUCCUGAGCAAGCGCAAACUCGAUGAGCUCGUCCGUCAAGUCACCGGUGCGGCGCCUUCUUCCAGCGGUGGUGAGUCCAGCGGUGGUGAGUCCAGCGGCGUGCUUUCGCCCGACGUCGAAGAGAACAUCCUGCAGAUGACGGAUGAUUUCGUAGACUCUGUCAUCACCGACGCCUGUCGUCUCGCGAAGCUCCGGCCCAACCAGACCCUGGACAUUCGCGAUGUGCAGAUCGUGCUCGAGCGCAACUACGGCAUUCGCAUUCCGGGCUACAGUCUGGAUGAAGUGCGGACGGUGAGGAAGUUCCAGCCGGCGCCAGGAUGGCACAGCAAGAUGCAGGCCGUGCAGGCGGGCAAGGUGAUGAGCAGCAGGGAUUCAUAG